UUGAGCAAAAUGGCUGCCACCAUAAAACAUGAAUUUGACACAAAAAUUUUCGAAUUUUCAAAAAAUAUCGAAUAUAAGUCGGUGGUGGAGCGAUACUAUGUACCGCAUUACAAAAUAGAUGUGAAAAUGCAGAAAGGAGAGGACAUGUGUGUCUUAUCUCAUUCAAAUAGGUUAUGUAUUAUCACUAUCGCCCCAUCACACCCACUGCUGCUGAAUAAGAAGACGGUGACUAAAGUUGACUUCCAGGUUAAACCAGGCACCAAUCUACUUGACAAUGCACCGAAGGGCAAAUAUAAAAGAGGAGGCCAAGGGAUGCAUGACACAUCACGGUUAUGCACAGUGACCUGUAGUGAUGAGACGGAAUAUAUCAUGCACACAUGUAUCAGAGGGAAGCUAAUAGAGGUCAAUGAUAGUUUAGUGGAAAAUCCAAACUGGCUGACAGAAAAGCACAACUCUGAUGGCUUCAUCGCAAUCAUCAGUCCUAAACCACGCUUCUUCAAACAGGAGAUGGAGACUUUACUCACAAAAGAACAAUACCAGGAAGCGUUAGAGAGACGGGAAAAUGAACUGGCACAAGUAGUGAUGGAAGGAAAGACAGAGGAAACAGCACAGGAGCAAAUGCAAUGAACAGAUUUGAUACAGCACGCCAGAGUCUGUUAGUUAGGAUCAUACAUGCUCUACUGGCAUUGGAAUAUGGAGCACUGGUCUGUACUGAAGUGUGUUGUCAUGUGGUGCUAGUAGCUGGGAUCCUGGUGGCCUGAGGUUGGUGUCAACACUCACCAAGGGCUUGGUCUGGUGGAGCACUGUUGACAUGGUUGGUGUUAUUGGCACUAGGACAUCAUGGUCAUCGUGUUUCUGAAGGACAAAUUUCUAAGAUUGAGCAUACAGGAGAAGUGUGCCGAUGUGGUCAAUCAUGAUUUCUAAUGAAUAAAAUAUCAGAAACUGACUCAUAAAGUUUGUUGUUCAUUGCAUUCGCUAGAUAUUUUGAAUUAUGUAAGAUUGGCUAUAAACUGGUUUUACCAUAAUUGCCUGCUUUCUCGACCUAUACUGGUUGUGACUUUCUGAAGUGUGUACAGUAUUGGUUCAGUUGGCAUAACAUGGUAUGAAUUGUCUGUGAACCAGUUGUGCCCUUGUCCAUACACUUGCAGGAGAGUUCGUAAGCAUUGCAAGGAGAAUUUGCCCAUACCUGAAAUAUCUCAGUUGAUGCUGACCUGGUUGUGUCAAUGUCUCUUUACAAGUUGUCCUUGAAAUGGUGGCAACUUUCUUACUUGCUGUCAGUCCCAAGUCAUUAGAUUGUUAUCCCCAGCAGCCUUGACAAGUUCAGUCACAUCAUCCAGGGACCGUUGGUAUAUUCUAUCUACGCUGUCACUCAAAGUGCUGGUCAUGGACAAACUAACAAGAACACCUUUCGUUCCUUCAAAUAUGUUUAUCUGUCAAUAAGAUUCACUAAUUUUACACCUAGAUGCAUGUAUGUACAAAGCUAAUAAUGGCAGCAUCAAAGUGUCCUCACAAAUUUG